AUGUCAUACCCACCAGGAAAAGUCAAGAAGAGCUGUGAAGUCGAGAAGAACUGUGACAUCCUUGUUAUUGACGAGGAUACUACUGCUCACAUCACUCAAAUCAAGGCGCGCCCUGGGGGUGUUGCAUUUGAGGUUGCAAAUAAUUCUGACCCAAUCACAGAUGUAGAAGCAGAUGUCAAAGUCAGCAAAGGGGGCGUGGCAUUCGAGAUCACAACGGACCAUGAUUAUCUAGCUCCUUCUGCAGAUAGCGAACCAUCAGAGAUGUCUUUGCCCGGUCCACCGAUCACAACCAUGAGCUGCACACGUCACGCAAAGGAAGGCAUGGCCUUUGAGAUCGACUUCAGCGAUAACGAAGAGCAGAAUCAACAACUAAAGACUCUCAGCAAAGUGACAUCAAUCAUUGCCAAGGAGGGGUGGAGCGAACGUGACGUCAUCAACGAAACUGAUGACGUCUGGGUGGCCAACAAAGUUCUUGCAAUGAAUGACAAUGCAAAGAGGAGCGAGAAACAUUUGGCUUCUAUGAAGAAGGCUGAGGAAGAAUUCGACCUGAUGACAGCCACUAUGACAGAGAGAGCCCUUGACAGCUUCCACUACAUCCUGGUGAAGGAGACCUGUACUGAGCAAAGUCUUCUCAGGAGGGCUCAAUUCAAGGCCUGGCAGAAGAAGAUGAUGCAGUAG